AUGGCCGACGAGAACGCAAACCAGUCAAUCAUGGAACCAAAAUCAUGGCACCCUCUUCACCAAAUCGCAGAGUCUCCAAGCCACAAGCUUCUGCUUAAGCAAUGGCUGAAAGAAGAAGAGCUAAUCCUCAACAGGGUCUCCCUGAAAGAGAACCAAAUCGACUCCGUUCGCAAAGAGAUCACAAUGCUCUUCAUAUUCUUCUUCCUCUUCCACUCCACAGCUCUCAUCCUUCUCUUCAGUUCCUCCUCGAGGGACCCACAUGGGUUCGCAUGCCGCCGGUCUUGGAUCCCGUCACUCUGUUCUCUCUGCUUCUCUCUGGGGAUCAUUUGGGCCAUAAGGUACAAGACUGACAUGGAAGGUCACUUGGAGAAGCUUCUGGAGAGAGAAAAAGAGGAUAAAAAUCUUCUUGGUAAGUGCAUCGAGGAGUUGAAGAAGAAGGGUUUGGAAUUUGAUUUGUUGAAGGAAGUUGAUGCACUUAGGAGGGCCAAGAGUUUGAGAGUUGAAGCUAAAGAGGUGAGGAAGUGGUCUGCUAGGGACUUUGUAACUUUGUUUUUCUUCACAGUGUCUUGCUUUGUGCUUGUUAUCACAAGGGCUAUUUUGUGUAACUAG